GUAGGAGGGUGAGAUGAAGCUGAUAUGAGUCUGUGAGCCUUGAGCCUAAAAACAUGUGGAACAGCAGGCACUAUGGUGAGAAACAAGGCAUCAAGACUCCAGCCUGACACCAUGGCCUUCAGUCUUUCACUCCUCGUGUUGGUCCUGUGCAGUCAGAGUGUGGCUGAAGCCCAGUUGAAGUUGUUUAACUUGAGAGCCAGUGAUCUUCCCUCCAGCCUCCUUGGAACUACAGAUGGCUAUGUCAAGGUGUUCUGUGGCUCAGCAACUUUGGGUGAAACAUCUGUUCGUAACAAUAACCCAAACCCCUGGUGGGAAGAGAAGUUCACCUACUUUAAGGCUGAGGAGAAUGACAUAUUGAGGCUUGAGGUUCAUGACAGUGAUGUUGUCUUUGAUGACCUACUGGGAGUCUGCCAGCGUCAGAUCAAGCUAGGAACCCAUGAGCAUGACUGUUUCCUGGAAAAAGGCGGGAUCCUCCAUUACUCCUAUACCCUUGGUUGAGACAGUCAUUGGCCUUGUACUGUAUAGAUAUAUCUAACUUUUAGUUUUCACAUGCAGCCUGCAUCUCUCAGGAAUCAUUUCCUUAUAAUGUAUGAUUUCUAAGUGACCAGCUCUUUACAGCUCUAUUAUUUUGCUGUUCAAAAUCUAUAAUUGAUCAUUUCAUAAACUUAAUCAAUAAACCUUAUUCCAGUGGCUUUAUCACAUUA